UCCCACGUAAGGUAAGAUUGGGCAUAGGUAUUUACCUGAGUAUUCGCGUGACAGCGGACAUUCCUUCGCACACCCUUGCUCUCGCGGGUGGACAAUUCCGCUACACAAACAUGCAUUCCGACAAAGUUUCCACAACAGCGGGGGAAACUCGCGAUAGAAAAAGCACUAAACCAAUUAUGGAGAAGAGGCGCCGUGCCAGAAUCAACGCCAGCCUUUCAGAAUUGAAGUCACUGUUACUCGAAGUUAUCAAAAAAGAGGGGGGGCGCCACAACAAGAUGGAGAAGGCGGACAUUCUAGAGAUGACAGUCAAACACCUGAGAGAGGUCCAGAGACACUCGUUUACAGCUUCGCCUGGAAACGGACCUAUCAACAUAGAUAAGCAACGACUUGGAUUUAACGAGUGCGCACAGGAAGUGAGCAGAUAUUUAAGUACAAUCGACGGAUGUGACGUAGAACUUAGAGCUCGUGUUCUGGACCAUCUUGCAGGAUGUGUUACCGGUGAUGAGACAAGCAGCUCGCCCCCUCCUCCUCCAGUGACGUCACUUCCGCUAACUCCUCCAACUCCACCAGCGCCACUUCCGGCACAGACCAUUACGACUUCAUCAGUGUCUUCAUCCAGUGAACAACCUUUAAAUCCUCAGCCAGCGCUAUCACUUCCUUUCUGCACGGACAUUAACAAUAACAUCGCAGCAUUCACAGCACCACAGCCUGUCCAAGCAACCAAAGUGGUCAGCGGGCUACAAGUCAUACCGACAAAGCUUCAGAACGGAGAGAUUGCCUUUGUGUUGCCUACCAACGUGCUCGGUGGCGGUCACGUCCCCAACUACAUCAUCCCCGUCUAUACAUCACCGAACACUUCACCUAUGAAGCCGGCCGUUACCAUGGCAAUGACAGGGGCUCCUGCGGCUGGUUCUGUGAUGACAAUUAUGCCAUCUGCGGAUGUUUUUCAGACAUGUGCAUUGGCUCCCUUGCCGGGCAACAUAAACGUCCUCUCUGGAUCUGUGUCCUCUCCUCACUCAGUUUCCUCUUGUUCCUCCUCAGACUCGUCCAUGUUGUCACUAUCCCCGACACUACGGAAUUCUGUGAAUGACGUCAGAGAGAUCCGUGAAGUACGUCAUCAUGACAUAGGAGAAUUACGAGAUGUACAUCAUCCACAAGUCACCACAGAGCCAGUAUGGCGACCAUGGCACUGACGUUUGCUUCAUCAAAAUGCUGGAUAUGUGAUACAAAUGCCAAAAGAGAGUGAUUCGUUCAGUUUAUAGAGUGCUAUUUCGGUGAUGUCAGAUGUAUUUAUGAAUCCAUAUCUCCUGGAUUUUCAAUGUGAUAAACUAUGAUCAGUGGACAUGACCAUACAAGAAUAAUGUGAUCAAGCGAGAAUACGACGUCACAGAGUUUAUUAUUUUAUAAUAUUACAGUGUUUUAUUCUACUGUUCAAUACGAAUGUUGUGUAAUAUAUAAAUAUUUUAUUACUGCAAA